CUCCAUUUUGUUUUCAAUAUUUUGGAUCAUUUUCACUAUCAUUAUUCUGAAUUCUUUAUCAGGUAGAUUCCCUAUCUUUUCCUCUCUAGUUUGGUUUGGUGGGCAUUUAUCCUGUUCCUUUACCUGCUGGAUAUUUCUCUGCCUUUCCAUCUUGUUUAUAUUGCUGUGUUUGGAGUGGCCUUUCUGUAUUCUGGCAGUUUGUGGUUCCUCUUUAUUUAGAAGUUCCUCUCUGUGGGUGGGGUUGGAUGGGUUGCUUGUCAAGGUUUCUUGGUUACGGAAGCUUUUGUCAGUGUUCUGGUGGGUGGAGCUGUAUUUCUUCUCUCUGGAGUGCAAUGAAGUGCCAGGAGUGAGUUUUGAGAUGUCAGUUGGUUUGGUGUGACUUUGGGCAGCCUGUGUAUUGAAGCUCAGGGCUAUGUUCCUGUAUUGCUUGAGGAUUUGUGUGGUAUGUCUUGUUCUGGAACUUGUUGGCCCUUGGGUGGUGCUUGGUUUCAAUGUAGGUAUGGAGGUUUUUGAUGAGCUCUUAUUGAUUAAUAUUCCCUGGAGUCAGGAGUUCUCUGGUGUUCUCAGGAUUUAGACUUAAGUCUAUUGCCUCUGGUUUUCAGUCUUAUUCUUACAGUAGCCUCCAGACUUCUCCAUCUAUACAGCACCAAUGAUAAAACAUCUAGGUUAAUGAUGAAUAGUUUCUCCACAGUGCGCGACACCCGGAGAGGUACACAGAGUUACAUGGAGAAGAGAAGAGGGAGGAGGGAGAUAGAGGUGACCAGGAGGAGAAGAGGGGGAAUCAUAAGGGAGAGCGCAAUCUAGCCUGUAAUCACCUCCCUAUGUGAUCUCCGCAGUCUGGAUCCCUCAGAGAUGUUCAUGGAGUCACACAGAGAAGAGAAAAGAGAGGAAGGAGACAGAGGUGGCCAGGAAGAUAAAAUGGGGAAUCAAAAGGAAAGAGACAGAUCCAGCCAGUAAUCUGUUCCCUAAGUGUUCUCCACAGCUGAGAACACACAGCUGGGUAGAGAAGAGAAGGGGGAGGGAGGAGAUAGAGGCAAUCUAGUGGAGAAAAAGGAGAGUCAAAAAGGGGAGACAGCAAUCAGGCCAGUAAUCUUGCUCCCAAGUAAAUAUGGGUACUGAAGAUUGGGUUCUUAAAGGUACAAAAUUGAUAACAAAUACCUAAAAGCAAAGAUGAAAAAUCUAAAGGUUAGAUUCUCAAAAAUACAAUAUUAGGAAAACAAAAAAAAGUCACACAAAUUAUAAAAUAUAUAUAUAUAUGCUUGAUUUAAAAAUAGGGUCUUUUUUUAAUAGGUAAUAGUAGGUUAUAAAAAUGAAAAUUAUAGGAGUAAUAGAGGACUUAAAAAUUAAAAAAAUUUAGGAAAAUUUAAAAAAUGAUAAUAGUAAAAAAAUGUAUCUAGGACUUUCUCUGGAGCUGUUGUGGACAGUGUGGGGUCAGUUCAUUUUCACAUGGUUCCUUGAUCUGGCUUAUACUUCUGAAGAUCUGUAGGCCCCUUCCUAUGCAGUCGAUGCUAACUACAGGGUUUUCAUCUAUUGCACCUGUCACUUCCAAAGCGGUUCCCUCUGUUUAUUUUAGCUUCUUCUGUUUGCUGGUCUCUUCAAUGUCUAAUUUCUGCCCUGACACAAGGCGGUGGUGGUGGUCACAUUUUUAGGCUCACUUGUUCAUUCGUGCUAUGGCGAGGGAGGAAAACUGCAAACAAGUAUCGCUGGCCUGUGUGGGGAGUGCUCUCAGUGUCCCGCCACACUGAGUUUGCCCCUGCUCAUGGUGUGUGUGCUUUCCCAGUCUACACUGCUCAGGCUCUAGGUUGCUCUGCCGGGAACUGUCUGUGGUGGGCCCUGGGUUGCAUGCACUUCCCAGGUCUAAGCCGCUCAGGUUCAGGUUCUUGGAUACUCCACAAUGGUGCAGACUUGGUUGGGCCUGCGUUUUCUGUCCUUCCCAGCUUGGAGCAGCUCAGGUGACCAGGUGUUUGGCGAGCACAGUUGCCCCCCCUGUUUGAGGCUGCGUUUUAACACCUCCCCCGUCCCAGACCCUCUGUUUUCUGGGUGUACAACGGGCGCACCUUCUCAGGUGUGCUGUGUGUCUCUUCUGGGGAGCUGAUCUCUGGUUGUGACCCUCCCAGUGGAUGUCGACCAUCCAGAAUCCCAAGAAGUCUUGGUUAGCAAGGAAGGCUGAUUGCAGUUUAGUAGAGGAUGCCUCUCUGGGGUCGCGAUUGCCCCCUUCUGGCUCUGGCUGCCCUCACCUGCCUGUUUCUGGCGGGGGGCGGGCUGGUCCACAGCUGGCUAACUGCUCAGUCCUUUGUUCUGUGAGUGGGCCUGGCAAUGUCUUUGGUUAGGGCUUUUCUCGGGAUAGCUAUCCCACAGUCUGGGAAGCUAUCUCAAGUUAGUUCAGUCAGAUUGCCCUCGGGGCGUGUAGGCCUGGUCCUUACCCUAAGCAAUGCAGCCUGGGCCUCUUUCUCCAGCCCCUGCUUGCUAGUGGCCUAUGCGAGCAUCUGGGCUGCUUCUCUUCUGGGAGUUGCCGUUAGGCAUGUAAUCUCCUUUAGAAGAAAAUGGGCUGCCUUUCUGGGUGCCUGAUGUCCUCUGCCAGCAUUCAGAAGUUCUGUGGAAUUUGCUCAGUCUUCAGAUGUUCUUUUGAUGAAUUUAUGGGGGAGAAAGUGGUCUCCCGUCCUAUUCCUCUGCCAUCUUAGGACCGUCCCCAAAAUGUUUUUUCCUGGCUCUGAUUCUUAUCUCUGGUGGCUUCAUUCUCAAAUUGUAGCUCUAGUCCGAGGGCUGAAGCAAGGAGCCAAUGAAGCAGCAAGGAGAAAGUGAAGGAGCUAUGCAAACUUCUAGCUGCCCAGGCCUCAGUGAAGUCCUUGGAGAGCGGGCACCGUUCCUGAGCAAGCCUCCUACUCCAGCAACAAUUCCUGGUACCUAAGCAGCAGCCAGACAGCUUCUAAUCACCAAGGAAGAAAGGAGUUUUCUGAAUUGAUGGAAUUUCAGAGAAAAGAGACAGAAUCCAUGACAGACCACCAGAGAAGCUGGAAAGCUACCUCCUAACUCACCUGUUGCUAGCAGACUUAUCAAGUAUAUAAGAAAGUCCACCUCCUGACAGUUGUAGGAAUCUGAAGACACUCUGGAACACUGAGAAGAGAGAAAUUAAUCCAGAUCUAUAGGUAUCACAGGAUGAUUUCUUGCACUGGAGUCCUUAGACUCACCUUAAAGCAAAGUUCAAACAGAGGAGAAACUACACUCACACCAAGACAAAGAGAAGGCAACAUCAGAAGUGGACAGCUAUCCCUAGAGUCCCGAUCUGACCUGAAGAAGCAACACGGGAUUCUGCUUGGACCGAAACAGAUUUGAAAGACAUGUGGUCCGAAGACUUUUGUCUACUCUUAGCAGUGCCUAGUCCAGUAAUACCACACUGAAGAUCAUCAGAAUACUGGCCUGACUGAGAAAAGGCCAAUAGCAUCAUGCAUCCUUGGGUAGCCAUCCUGGGCCUCCUACUCCUGCCAGAUGGUGUAACCUCUUACCACCGAGUGACUGGAGUGGCGGGUCAGUCUGUCACUCUACCCUGCUACUAUAAUGGUGAAGUCACAAGCAUGUGCUGGGGCCGAGGGGCAUGUCCUUGGCUUAAUUGCGGAACUAACAUCAUCUGGACUGAUGGCUACAGAGUCACCUAUCGGAGGGAUGGACGUUACCAGCUAAAUGGACAUAUUGGUGGAAGAGAUGUGUCUUUGACCAUAAACAAUGCUGCCCUGUCUGACAGUGGCUUGUAUUGUUGCCGAAUUGAGGUGAGAGGGUGGUUCAAUGACAUAAAAACCACCCUGGAGUUGAGGGUAAAUCCAGCUCCACCUACAACAACCACCACCACCACUACUACUACUACAACAACCACCACCACUACGACUCCAAGAACCACCACAACCACCACCACUACUCCAAGAACAACCACAACCACCACCACUACUCCAAGAACCACCACAACCACCACCACUACUCCAAGAACAACCACCACUACAAGAAAGACAACCAUCACUACUACUCCAAGAACGACUACCACUAUUCCAACAACCACCACUACUACCCCCCAAACAACAACCACCACAACUUCAACAACCAGCACCACCACUACUCCAACCACAGUGGUCACCACUGCUCCAACAACCACCACCAUUGCUAUGCCGUCAACAAUCAACACCACCACUCCAAACCUGACGGUCACCACUGCUCCAGUGACAGCGAGGUCCUCUACUUCUCUUCCAGUGCCAGCACCCACAAGGGACCUCCAGCCAGCUUCUUUAUCUUCUCCAACUCAGACAGCAGAAACCCAGCCUACUACCGUGUAUGAAACAAACAUAACCAGCUCACCAUGGCACUCUUGUUCAACAGAUGGAAAUGGCACUGUAACACAGUCUCCAGAUCCCCAUUGGCAUAACAAUCAACCUCCUGCGGCGCUGGCACAAGAAACAUGGAUGAGCACCAACAAGGGAGUCUACAUUGGAAUCUCUGUUACUGUUUUGGCAUUGUUGCUCAUGUUUGUGGUUUUCUGGAUUAGGAGAAGAUAUUUUUGCCUGGGUAGCAAAGUGGAGCUACUACGCGUGAUUCCAUUGAAAGAUUCUCACAUUGGAGCUUUGAAAAAUGCAGCUCUGAAGCCUAUCCAAGCAGAAGACAAUGUCUACAUUAUUGAUGACUAUCACUAAGUCCUGGAUCCAGAUUCUAAGGUGUUAUCCCUUGACUGUAGAAGACAGUGACCAGAUACCGUGUCAGAGUCCGUUCAAUCAGCUGCACAAUUUUCCAGUCAGUUUCCCAUGGCAUUGCUAUGAGUCAGGGACACUGGGUAGAGUGUUGCUAGCUCAACUGUGUAAAGUCAACCUCUGUCACAGAGUUCUAAUUUUUUAUACUAAAUUGGCUCCAACUUUCUGAUCAUUGCAGAGGCCUUCAAAAGAUUAAA